GGAAAAUGGCGGAUGGUGCUAAGCGGCCGCGGAGCGUGCAGGAGAAAGAAAAAAAGGUUGACUGGCGUAAAUGGAAACAAGAAAAAAAAGAAGAGAAGAAAAAAUGGAAGGAAAUAAAGCUAUUGAGAAAACUGGAAAAGAAAAGAAUGCAGGAGGUGAUAGAAAAACAAAAAGAAGAAAAGGCAAAGGAAGACAAAGGACGUCAUUACACACUUAGUGUAGCUCUGCCAGGCUCCAUCUUGAACAAUGCACAGUCUCCAGAGUUGCGGACAUACCUUGCUGGGCAAAUUGCCAGGGCCUGUGCCAUCUUCUGUGUGGAUGAGAUUGUGGUGUUCGAUGAGCAAGGAGAAGAUUCAAGGACUGUGGAAGGGCAGUUUGACGGGAUUGGAAAGAAAGGACAGGCCUGCGUGCAGCUGGCUCGGAUUCUACAAUAUUUGGAGUGUCCUCAAUACCUGAGAAAAUCAUUUUUCCCGAAACACCAGGAUCUGCAGUUUGCAGGACUCCUGAACCCAUUGGACAGCCCUCAUCAUGUGCGGAUAGAUGAGGAAUCAGAAUACCGGGAAGGAGUGGUGUUAGCCCGGCCCACCAAGCCAGGCAAAGGCUCCUUUGUUAACUGUGGGAUGAGGAAGGAGGUACAGAUAGACAGACAGCUAGAGUCUGGUCUUCGAGUCACUGUUCAACUGGACAAGCAGCAGAAUCCAGACAGUAAAACACAGAAAGGCACUGUAGUGUCCUCGACCCAUCCACGGACUGUGUCUGGCCUGUACUGGGGUUACAAUGUCCGCUUAGCCUCCUGCCUGAGUGCUGUUUUUGCUGAAUGCCCUUUUAAAGAAGGCUAUGAUCUCUCUAUUGGGACCUCUGAGCGAGGGACUUGUGUGGACCAAGCAACUCUCCCCUCCUUCAGCCAUAUCCUAAUAGUAUUUGGAGGUCUCCAAGGGCUGGAGGCUGGUGUGGAUGGUGACCCCAACCUGGAGAGCACUGAUCCAAGUGUCUUGUUUGAUCUUUACCUGAAUACAUGUCCCAGCCAAGGCAGCCGCACCAUCAGGACAGAGGAAGCAGUACUGAUAUCUCUGUCUGCACUGAGACCCUGCAUUGAUGAGGCUGUGAGGAAAGCCCAUGGUAGCUGAAGGGGGGAAAAACUGAUCUACAGAACUGAGCUGGCCUUCUCUCCUGCUUUCACCUGCACCAGCACUCUUUCUUCUCCUCAGGUGGCCCAUUCCAAGUUAUGGUAACCCUAUACCUAGGAAGAGCGGCUGGGGGUGAUGAAUAAGUCCCCAAGGCAGCCUGCUACACUCCAGCCUCUCUGAGAGUGAUCAAGAAAAGCACAGUACCAUUACCAAAAUGGCUACAGCUUUUUAACUGACUCAGACAUGACACUCAGAUUAAGUACUGUGACUGGACACUGGUUGGGGCUACUCAGGAAGUAUGCUCUCCAAAUUAAACAGUGUUGGUAAAUAGAUCUAGCUGCUGCCUCACAUCAGCAGCAGCAGCCUGUCAGUGGAUCACACAGCACCAAGAGAGGUGCUGGAAAAAAUAAAACAGUCAUAUUUA